AUGGGUUGUUUGUUUUCAAAUGAUGGUAAAACAGGUACAUCCUUUAAGGAUUCUUUAAAAAAGAAAAUUAAUCAAAGCAAAAAAUAAACAGCAGAAUUGAGAAUAAAAACUUAGGAAAACAAUCUAAAUACAAGCAAAUACAGCUUUAAUUUAUAGGGAUCUAAUUGUGAAAGAGAUUAAUUAGGUAGUCAUUUAGAUUUGAAAAUAAAUGAAUAAGAAGGUAGUGUUUUUAAAAAUUAUACACUAAUUGAUUCUAGAUUUAAAGGAUGUUAAAGUAAGAGAUAUAGAUAAUCUUAGAUCCACUUAUAAAUUACUGUAUUGUAAGUCAUAAUCUUACACAAUCAGUAAGAUACAUUAGACAAAUUACUUGGGAUUGUCUUACAAAACCAGCCAUUGUAGAAUAUGUCUAGAAAAAAAAAUUGGUAUAAUUUUAUUUUGAAAAAGGAACAUAUAAAUUUACCUGAAAUUUAUGAAAUCUACAGUGAUCAUAAAAGUUAUUAUUUGAUUGAAGAUUAUUGUAGUGGAAAUACAUUAUCAUAUCAUAUUAAGGAAAAUGGUUAAGUUUCAGAAUAGAAGUGUAUAGAAAUUAUGUUUCAAAUGCUUACUCUUUUUGAAUAUUUGCAUAGUUAACAUUUAUAUCAUGGAGAAUUGUAAUUAGAUUCUUUUAUGUUUUCUGAUGAAUCUUAAAAUCCAAUAUUAAAAUUAGUUGAUAUUGAACCUUUGUUUUCAAAAACUGCUUUUCAUAAGGAUGGUGAAUAAAUAUAUUAUUAUUCCCCAGAAUAUUGUAAGACAAAAUAAAAAUAAAAAUAUGGUGAUGUUUGGGCAAUAGGUAUGAUUGGAUAUUAAUUGUUAACGAAUUAUCACCCUUAAAAAAAUGGUACUUAAUUAACAUUCUAAUAAAUAAUUAAGAAUAUCUUACGUGGAGGAAUGAAAUUAGAUUGUGUUGAUUUUGAAAAAUACAGCGAAUAUUGUAAAAAUUUUAUAACAAAAUUACUAUAAUAUAAUUUUAAAUCAAGAACAACAAUUGAGUAGGCUCUAGAAACAACUUGGAUUAAAUCAAUAAAUAAUUCAUAAAAAGCUGUGGAAGGUUUCAAAUAAAUGAGAAAAGUGAAAGAUAUAAAAAAUAUUAAUGAUGUCCAAGCAUGUAUAUUGUUAUUAAUGGUGAAUCAUUUUAAUUAACAAUAGAAACAAUUUUUUGCGACUAUAUUUAAUACAUUUGAUACAAAUAGGGAUUAAAAGAUAAGUUUUAAUGAGCUUUAAGAUGCAUAUCGAUCACUCUAUCCUGGUUAAAAUUAUGAAGAAGUUUUGGAAUUAUUUAAAAAGGUUGAUUUUGAUAGAAAUGGAUUUUUAGAAUUUCAUGAAUUUAUAAUAGCAGCUGUAGAUAAAUCAUCUCUUUUAACAAAUUAACAUUUAUAAGUUACAUUUAAAAUGAUAGAUAAAAAUCAUAGUGGAAAAAUUAGUAUAGAUGAAAUUUAAAAUAUUUGCUCUUUAGAUUAUAAAUGUGUUAAAUUUAACUUUGAUAAAACAACAAAGGAUUAAAAUAAUAAUGUAAUUAUUAAAUUUAAUGUUAGAUGACAUUUAGCUAAUUUAAAGAGUUAAUGCUAUCUCUACUCUGA